GCCACUUCCCCGCCGUCAUCUCAGUCCCUUCCUUCCGCUGGCAGCAUUGGCCCUGAGUUCAAGAGAAGGGCUGAGGGCUUCUCCUCUUCUCUUCUUGUUUCGCUGAUGUGUUUUCUUGUUGUCUUCCUUCCCGCCUAAACCUAAGGACCCCCUUUCGUCUUUGUCACUCCUCAGGGGAGAUAAGCGCAAGAUCAGCCCCGCGGUUCCAAGACCGUGGAGACUCCGUUUCCACUUUACGCGGUCGCGGCCGAGACGCCCAUACCCCUUUACCCGUUCCGAUUUUUGCGUGCAUCUCUAUAGCACAGCGUCUUCCGUCCCUGUCCGAGAGCAGUCCGCGAACCAAUGGCCGUCACGCGUGCCCCUGCGAGUUCCGAUGAGGACGGCGACGAGCAUCAGUCCCAAGAACCGCAAGAACCUCAGCAGCCCCCGCCAGCCCACCCUCCUCAUGCGCUGCAUCAGCACUCGCUUUCUGAUGCCUCGACGGUGACCAUAGAUGUUGGGUCGUGGGCCUCAAAUGUGCUCGGUUCAAUGAACGUUGCGCCCGCUGCCCGCGGCACCGGAAACGUGAUUGCCAUCCCUCUCGACGGCGACCGCAACGGGUCCGGAUACCCGGACAACGGCGCUGACAGGCACGUGAGACUGCGCCGUGUCGCGUUCAGCCGCAGCGCAGAUGAUGCUUACGGCGCUAGCAUCGCGCCGCCGCGCCAGCCGCCCUCCCGACGAGACAGCUUGAGGAGGCGUGAUGCGCUGCUCAAGGGCAAGGAGGGCACUCGGCAGCGGCGACGCUAUGAGAACGAUCGCCUCAUGCACGUCCCCAACGUGCAGCCGCCGUCACCAUCCGACUGGCAGAUCAGCCCGACCUACCCCGUCCUGGAGCCCGUUCAGUACCAGCUCGCGCACCACUGGGAUAGGGGCCUGCGCGAGCGCGUCGAGGCGGAGCAUCAACGUCGAAUUCAGACGCCCGACCCUGGGGCCCACGUCGUGCGGGCCCUGCGCGCGGCCGCUAAGCGCGUCCCCGCGCUCAGGACAUGGUUGCGGAUGCUGGAGGAGCCCGUGCGGCGGUUUGUGGUCGAGUGCGGGCUGGCUGCGGCGGCCGCCUGCCCGACGGAAGACGCCGCCAAAGCGGAUGGAGAUCCUUGCGGUGACAGCAGCGAUGAGACGGGCACCGAGGACGACGAGAUCGUCUCUGUGGCCCGCAAUGGGCGCAUGAGGGACGGCAAGCCACGGAAGGAAGCGCAGAGGCAAGUGGCGGGGCAAGACCAAGAGAUGGGCAUGGUGCUCGAGGAGAUGGACGAUGGAGCCGGUGGGGCGUUUAAGCGAUGGCUCACGCACUCCAUCUCGGACUACUACGGCCUCGACUCCAAGUCGGUCAUGGUUGGCACUCCUGCCAGGCGCGUCAUCUACGUCGGGGUCAAGCAGAAGCAGUCAGGCCCGCGGCACAAGCCGGGCACGCUGCCUCCGCUGCCGCCGGCCCUGUGGGAGAUGUUUUGAUGCUUGAAGCAAACCUUGGAUACGAGAGGAGACACACAAACUCUGCACACUUUCCUGCAGUACCUAGAUUACAGCAUGUUAGAGCGCAUCCUUUGUCCAUUCA